AUGUGGAGCAAGUGGGCAAAAGUAAACAGCCAAGUUAAAGGAGCGCGACGCGGAUAUUGCUCGCUAUCUGGAGCAGUAAUGCCGUAUAAGUGCAACAAGUGUCGCCUUGUGGCGUCCCUAAUAUGGAUAGUCGUCGAGCUGCCAUAUGGCCAGCAGCCGACACAUCCUCGCGUCUUGCCACUGCAGCUCGGGGAGUGUAGAGUAGCGACCGGAAGCGAAUGCAAGAACGUCAGCCGCAAGAGCAUUGCGGUCGCUACGUGCAUACCUUCUCGUUGCGCGCGCGAGAACUGCGUGCGGUGUGCGUGCACCGCUGGGACCGAACUGACUGAAGGGAGGCACGAGACGAGGCAACGCACGCUCGCCAGCGAGGACCCCACCGCCACCGCCUCUCGCGGACGCUCUAGGCGGACGCCCGCCACAAGUGACUCUAUCGCGGAGCACUACGGCCCGAAUCGCAGGAGCACUGACCCACCUCCUGAGCCACUUCGAGUGCCACUCGUGCUCCACUCACACUUCUAA